UAAUAUCUCUCAAGAACGUACCCGGAAACGAACAAACCUCGAGUCUUGUGUAGUUUGCAAAAAUGGCGCUUUUAUACCGGAUUGUGAGACAGUUUGCGAAAAAUAUCAUUCUCCCCGAAUCUAACAGGAAUAUAUCGUUGUCUGCGACUACACGUUUAAGAGAAAUUAUUACAAAGAAGGAAGGUAACACCUUAAUUAUCGAAGGUGCAAGGGUACCGGAAGAUACACGCCGAAAAUUGAAACUGCAAUCGAAGGCCUGUCCUAUCUGUGCCACAGGACUUGAUGUUAAACAUACAGAUGUUCUUAUUCUGAGUCAGUUCUUACGAUCAGAUGGUUGCAUGUUACCACGUAGGAUAACCGGUCUAUGUAACAUACAACAGAAAAGGAUUGGCAUUAUGGUGACUAUGGCUCAGGAAGCAGGCUUGAUGCCAUCACUACGGAGUGGGAAAAAUCCCAAGCGUAGACAGAAAUGGAGAAAAUAUAACACAUAUUACGAUGAGAGUACCAUUAAACAAAGAUAUCGGACCUUAUCGUUGGAUGUACGGAAUAUGACGACUAAAUAGCAUGUAUAUAUGUUAUUGAAUAGUCGCUAUUUGUGUAAUUAAUCAUAUUAAAUUCUGCCAUCUGUA